CCUUGAUCAUCCAUCAUGUCUCGAAAGCGUUCAUGGCUUGGACUGAGUGUCCAGAGCCUUCUAUUAUCAGCUGCAGUACUAUCGACUGCUGCCUCUGCCUCGGCUUAUCCACCCCUACAAGCUCCUAUCAUCCCGCCACAAGUACCUUUGGGGUCCGAAGGUACACUUGAGACGCAUGAGUUUUCCCUACGGCACAUCUUCCACCGCGGUACCUCUGAACAACCCGACCUCCAUGCGAGACUCGAUGUUAAGGCAGACACUCGGCUUCGGGCUGUAUCGGAGGAUGGUGAUGAAACCGACUAUGUUGCGUCAGAGUCACAUCUACUUGCUUCGUCAGUUCCCAUCACGAUACAACGGUUGGCCGAUCGACGACUCCCGGUGAUCGAGGGGCAUUUGGCCGCUUCGCGGUCUUCUGGAUCUGUGGCCGCCUUGUCUGCAGAUGAGUGGGUCAUGGACACCCUGCAAGGGCCGGAUAUUACAGACAAGACGACGGUCUUGACAUUCGCUCAGAUGACCGCAAAUGACUAUAUCGAGGAACCUGGGACGGGACAGUGGCACUCUAUACACGGCCAAUUUAACUACUCGGGGAGCUUUGGUUGGCAGAAAGAUGGACUCAGAGGGCACAUCUAUGCUGAUAAAACCAAUAGCACUGUCGUGAUUUCGUUAAAGGGUACUUCGCCGGCUCUGUUUGAUGGCGCGGGUACCACCACCAAUGACAAAGUCAACGACAAUCUAUUUUUCAGCUGCUGCUGCGGCCAAGGAGGCUCCUACCUGUGGAGGCAAGUCUGCGACUGUCAGAGUGCUACCUACACAGCGAACUUGACUUGCAUUGUUGAGUCUAUGAAUGAUGAAAACCGUUACUAUCGGGCUGGGAUUGAGCUCUACUCAAAUGUCACCGAGCUCUAUCCAGAUGCAAAUAUUUGGAUGACGGGCCAUUCAUUGGGUGGUGCAAUGACUAGUUUAGUCGGGUUGACUUUUGGGUUGCCCGUGGUCACUUUCGAAGCUGUUCCUGAAGCCUUACCGGCAGCUCGACUUGGCCUCCCAAGCCCACCUGGCCAUGACCCACGCUUCCCGCAAACACGAACGCACACCGGAGCCUAUCACUUUGGGCAUACAGCAGAUCCGAUAUACAUGGGAACUUGCAACGGGAUCAAUUCGAUCUGCACAUGGGGCGGCUAUGCGCUGGAGUCGGUUUGCCACACCGGACAGAUAUGCACAUAUGAUACUGUCGCAGACAAGGGAUGGCGUGUUGGACUGGGUACUCACAAGAUCGAAAAUGUGAUAUCUGAUGUCAUUUUAAAAUACGACACUGUCCCGAAAUGUGUGGCAGAGGAGGAAUGCUUUGAUUGUGAUCUCUGGAAGUUCUUCCGAAGCAAUGGCUCCGAGGUCACAACUACUACCACUACCUCAACAACCACAUCAUAUACCAGAACAUCGACGUGCAAGACCCCCGGGUGGUGGGGCUGUCUGGACGAAAGCACCACAGCUACUACCACCACCACAACUUCUCCGACGAGUACAGCUACGACCACAACAUGCAAAACUCCCGGUUGGUUUGGGUGCAACGAUCCUACGACUACCACAACAGCAACUCCGGCGCCUACAGUCACGACAACUCUGCCCACGGUGACUGCAACGUCUACCACCUGCAAAACUCCUGGUUGGUUUGGCUGCAAUGAUCCUACCACCACCAUGCCAACCCCUACUGAAUUUAUCUCGACCCCUACUUAGUCGAUAUAUCAUAUUAUGAGGUUGAUAUGAGCUACCGGAAUGGCAAUCACAACAUCCACAUUAAAUGGCGACUCCUUCGUCCCCACCCUCUCAUUCCCAUGCAUUCUUUUACAGUAUGCUCUGGGGAUUCGUUUGCUUCGACUAAGCUGCUGGGUUGAAAAUCCGCAGGCGCUAGAUAUACCCUUCCACAUUUCGUGAUUUAUUCGUUUGGAUUUUACUAUCAAAUUUGCACUUCUCCCCAUAUACAAGACAAGAUAUACGAUCGACAUGUGAGCGAGCAUUUUGGUUUUUUCGUUCUGUUUCUUUGGGUGCCCGGUGGGCACAAUUCUACUGGCGUUAUCAAUUUUGGUUCCUCCGUCUGUUUCACCACAGCCGGGGCCGUUCAAGGUUGUUUGCUAGAACAUAACUUAUUUGGAAUUGGCCAUGUUAUGCUCCAGGAAAAUAUCUUUAUGAACUGGUCUAGGGAAAAAUCGGCUACUACGGGACUAUCACUGCUAGACUUAUAAAUACAUUCAUCGAAAUUAAGACCACAUACCAGAUUGAAG